UACACUUGAAAUUCCCACUCACCCUUUUCUUCCUCUCGUCUCUCAUUUCCUUCUAAUCCUCAAGCCUACAAGAAACAAUAGCAAAAUGGCCACCAUGAUCACCUCAGCUGCAAUCACCAUCCCUUCAUUCACCAACCUCAAGGUAGGCCAAUCCACCAAAGCAGCGGCCCCCACAAAGCUGGCCACCUCCCCAGCCCCGACGGUGGCAAUCAAAGCCUCACUCAAAGAAGUGGGAAUUGCAGUUGUAGCCACUGCCGCAAGUGCUGUGCUCGCCAGCAACGCCCUCGCUAUCGAGGUGUUGCUGGGUGGGAGCGACGGGUCGCUGGCCUUCCUGCCCAAUGAAUUUUCCGUCUCAGCUGGGGAGAAGAUUGUCUUCAAGAACAACGCGGGGUUCCCUCACAACGUGGUGUUCGAUGAAGAUGAGGUGCCCUCAGGUGUCGAUGUUUCGAAGAUAUCGAUGAGCGAGGAGGAUCUCCUCAACGGGCCCGGUGAGGUGUACUCUGUAACGUUGGAUGCAAAAGGUACUUACAGCUUCUACUGUUCACCUCACCAGGGUGCAGGCAUGACUGGGAAAGUGACAGUUAAUUAGUUUAGUUUGUGGUUGGAAGGUUGUCUCAUUUUUCUAGUGUAUAUGUAGAUUUGAGUUAUGGGUGUUGUAAUUUGAGCUUAAAUACAUGUAUUGAUUUCUUCUUUCCA